UCUUGGUGCGUCUUGAGUCUGCAGCCACAGCGAGCUGACAGCUCGCUUGCGCCUUCAACCAUUUGAAGCCUGAAUCGGCACAUGGAAAGUCGCGCGCUGGUCGUCGCCAUGGAGAAUUUGCCAAACUGGCUGAGGAGCCUUUGGGAGGAGCCUUCCUGGCAAAAGAUGGUGGCGCUGGCAUCCGCGGGAAUGCUGGGGCAGGUGCUUUGGAACCACUAUGGUGUGCUGUUUCACAAGCGGCUGCCUGAGACGAACUUGGGGUGGCCGGUGGUGGGCCAUACCCUCAGCAUCUUCAAGUUGUCUCUGGAGCGUUGGGCCCUCAAGCUUAUGGAGGGCAGGCAAGUGCUGGUGGCGAACUACCUCUUCGAGUCCAGGGCCAUCAUCAAGUAUGAUGUCUACACCAAGCACAUCCACCGGACAGAGCUGGAUGGAAAGCUAUGCCCCGUGCUGGUCCCGGCCGUCCGAGCUCUGGUUGGGCCCAACAGCGUGAUCAUGCUGCCGGGUGGCAAAGGCCACUCGAGGCACAAGCGCCUACGGGGCAAGCUCCUGGCCAGCCUCGGGCCCAACUAUGUGCUCAGCAUCCUUCCGGAGAUAAAGGGGUUGAUUCACAAGACCUUGGAUGACAUGGUGGAGCAAACGAAGAACCGAGGCUUCGGGGUCUUCGAGGCGGCCGCGGGGCUGCUGGCCUUCCAAAGCUCAGUGCUGCCGGUGCUGGCGGGCUUGCCCGCGGCCAAGCAGCGAUGCGUGCAGGACUUGCUGGAUGAAAUCCUCGGCGGCAUGUUUGCCGUGCCUCUGAACCUGGGCCGGUUCAGUGCUCAUGGCCGCGCUGUGCUUGCGCGGAAGAAGAUGUGCGAUAUGACCGCUGAGAUCAUGGCGUCGCCCAACCUUAGCCAGCAGAAUAUCAUCGCGGACCUCAUGCAGGAGACAGUGGACGGGAAGGGCUUUUCCAAGGAGGAGGUUUUGGACACGGUCCUGACCCUGCUGUUGGCGGGCAAGCUUACCACAGCUGAUGCCCUGCCCAGCCUUCUGGUGGACCUGCAUCAGCACCGGUCCUGGGUGGACAAGAUUGCCGCCGAGCCGCUGGAGAUGCAGGGAGUCGAGACGGAUUCGGCGACUCUGCGAUUCGUGCGCGAGUCCUUGCGAAUGAAGCCGCCGACGGGCGCGUACCUGCGAGCGAACUAUGGAGAGGACACCGAUCUGGGUGAGCACGGUGUGGUGCCCAAAGGUAUGUGUAUGGCCCUUUACUUCAGCGCCGACCUCACCACCAUGGGCAAAGACUUUAACCCAGACCGCUGGACACCCGAGCUCGUACGGUCGCAUUUCCUGGUCUUUGGGGGCCACCAGCCCCACGAGUGCGUCGGCAAGCACUUGGCGCUGAUGGAGCUCCAGCUCUUCGCAAAGGUCCUUUGCAAGGAGUACGAGUUCGAGGUGCUUGACACGACUGAGGUUGUGAAUCCCUCGAACCCAAUGACCAUGUGCUACAAGGGAGGCUGUCAAGUGAAGGUUCGCAGGAAGUGAGUUCCACCGUUCCUUUGACGUGUCCGAGAAAUCAGAAAGGGGGAACCCC